UGGGUACAAUUUUUGCUUUGUCAUUCGUUUUCGCUGAAGAAGUAUCGGAUGUGAUUACCUUAACAAAAGCCAAUUUCAACAAAAUCGUUAGUCCGGAAAAAUUUAUUCUUGUAGGAUUUUUUGAACCUAGGCGUCCACGUUCCAAAAUAUUAGCACUUGAAUACGAAGCAGCAGCUACCGCCCUAAAAGCUGACAACAUUAAGCUUGCCAAAGUUGACUGUACAGUUGAAACAAAUCUUUGCGCAGAAUAUGAAAUUAGAGGAUAUUCUACUUUGAAGGUUUUCAAAGAAGGCAAACCAAUAGAAUACACUGGUAAUAGAAAAGCUGCCCUUAUUAUAAGUUAUAUGAAAAGACAAUCAAUACCGACUGUUUCGGAUGUCAAUGUUGAUAAUCUUGAUACCUUUAAAGAUAUAAAUGAAGUUGUAAUUAUUGGAUACUGGGAUUCUGAAAGCCAAAAUGAACGGGAUAUUUUUAUUACAGUUGCUGAAAGUUUACGUAAUGAUUAUGCAUUUGGUCAAACGGAACAAAAAGAGGCAGCAACUAUGAAUGAAGUCACAGCACCAGCUGUUGUCCUUUAUAACAAAUUCGAUGAGGACAAGUAUAUAUUGAAAAGUCCAUUCACAAAAGAGCAAUUAGAAACCUUCAUAAAAGCUUACUCCGUUCCAUUAAUGGCAGAAAUUGAGGUUGAAAACUAUGAUUCGUACAUUAAUUCUGGAUUACCUAUUGCAUUCUUAUUCUAUGAAAAUGAUGAGCAACGUGUCUAUCUUGGUAAAGCUAUAGAGCCAGUCGCUAAGAAUUUCAAAGGUCAGGUAAACUUUGUAUAUAUCAACGCCAGUAAAUUCGGACGUCAUGCUAAAAAUAUUGAGUUGAAACAAAUAUGGCCAGCUUUUGGAAUUUAUAAUCCAGUUGAAAAUUCCAAAUAUCCAUUUAGCCAAAGCGAAAAAAUUACUACAGUAAACAUUCAAGCCUUCGUUUCAAAAUUUGUUAAAGGAGAAAUUCCUCCAAGUAUCAAGUCUGAAUCUAUCCCGGAGAAUAAUGAUGGGCCAGUAACUAUCUUAGUAGCGCAUACAAUUAAAGACAUUGUAUACAACAAGACCAAAGACGUUUUUGUCUUAUUCUAUGUUUUAGCUUAUUCGAACUCUAAAGGCAAGAUAAUAAUCGCAAAAAUUGACGUUUUUAAAAAUGAAAUUCCUUCAAAAUUCAAUGUCACUGGUUGGCCAACAAUAAAACUCUUCAAAGCUGGUGAAAAAGAAGAAAUCGCAGAUUAUCCAGGUGAUCGAACAUUAGAAAAUUUAAUUGAAUUCAUAACCAAAAAUACUGCAAACAAGAUCAAAGUUAAUAAAAAUACUGAAGAAGAGAAGAAACCAAUCGAAGAACUAAUUGCAUUUGUACU